AUGUCGGCAGCGGUACGCAACAAGGUGUGGUUCUACUUUGACGUGGUAUCCCCGUGGUCGUAUGUUGGGUUUCGAGUGAUUCAACGCUAUCAGAAGCUUUGGAAUUUGGAUGUUACGUACAAACCCGUCAACUUGGGAUACAUCAUGAAGUUCUCGGGCAACAAACCACCCAUCUCGGUGGUCAACAAAGGCGCCUGGAUGUGGCACGAUCGUGACCGCGCCACCAAGUUCUUCGACAUCGCUCUCAACCAACCGGCCAACUUCCCGAUCAACACCAUGCACCUCCAGACAUUUCUAGAUGUUCUCUCCACCACCUCUCCGUCGACGCUGGAAGCGGCGGUGGAAGCGUGUUUCGCUGCGAUCUGGGUACACGAUUCCCCCUGCGCAACUCGGGAAGAUCUCGAAAGUAUCUUCGCCAAAGCCAACUAUCUCGGGUUGGGCAAGGAAAAGGUCGCCGAGGUGUUGGACAAGAGCAUGCAGAAGGACGCCAGGAGCAAACUGCAGGAGGAAGCGAAGAAGUUGGUGGAGGAAGAGGGGAUGUUCGGAAUGCCGAGUAUGGUGGUGGAGAGGGGAAGCGAUGGUGAGACGGGUAUGUGGUUUGGUAGCGAUAGGUUCGAGCAGUUGGCUGCGUGGUUGCGGGUGCCGUACAAGGGUCCCUUGGCCGAUGGUCGGGUGCCUAAGCUUUAG